GAACGAAUCGCACGACUCUUCGAUCCUCCGACCCACGGUUCGUUAGGCAUGCGGUUGUUCUGUCAUGUCAGUGUGAAAUCGAGGCAGAUGUUAGGAUGAGCCUGGACUCUAUGUUACCCGUCGCCCCGGCGAGGGUAAGAGCAUUAGUCUUGCCCGUCGGUCAGAUCAAACGUGAUAGGUUUUCCUCUUUCGUCCAAAGACUAAAUGAGGAACAUGUCGUCCACCUUCGCGAUAUCAGCGUCGACGGGCGACCGAAUCGGAACAUGUUCUCCCCCCUCGCGUUUCCCGACGGCGCUAUGUUCUACGACCUAAUAACUUAUGUACCUCCUCCGUCCCAUCUGUCUCUAGCGCCGUUCGAACUAUUUCGCGAACCUCUAGCACUCAUUGCUAUCGCCGACGGACAGGAACUCGAAAAUGUGGCGUUUAGUAAGAGGCAGUCAGCUAAUGGUUAUGCGCCGACCAUGGCGGAGAGGAACAUUAGAACUUUAUAUCAAGAGCUGGAAGAGUUGAGGGAUGCGUAUCCGAAAAUACUCACGCACCAAGUGUUAAUAUUCGAUUACGCGCCCCAAACCGAUCAUACUGUUCCUAUGCCCGAAGGACUCAAGACGAUCCCACCAGUCGAAAACUCGAAGAGGACUACGAUAAAAACAAUAAUGUGUGAUAUAUCUUCGUUAUUACUUGCGGAAAUGACGACGCUCGCUAAAUCAUUCGAGGGAAUGACAUCUAUAGAUUCCCCCGGUCAAGCACCUACAAGACCGGGACUUAAUGGAGCGGCUUGGACAUCAGAGGAUGCGAACCCGAUGGCAAGGCGGAAUUCACAGUACGCUGUACCUAGUGUGACGAGAUCAGCAUCGACUAGCGGCACCACGGAUAGGAGCCAGGCCCGUAUGUCGAUGCCGGUGCCUUUCAAAUCACUUCCUUUUGGAUCUAAUAGCUCAUCUCCCUCACCACGACCGACGACUCCCGUCCGUAGCGGUUUAUCUAACCCACCAACGACGUUCGACGAUAUUGCAAGCGCGAAUGGAAGCAGUACUGACUUGUCGAACCCCGAAGCUCCGGGAACUUCUCGACCAGGCUCUGCCGGAGGCGUAAAACCAUCCCAGCAGGACAAGGUCUCGGUGCAAGGAUUUGGACCUGGUGGUUUAAAUGAGAGGUGGAGGAAUAAAGGUCGAGGACGAGUGACAAUAUUGGUGGGAUCUAUGUAUCUCCAGGCUGGCCGAUGGACGGACGCGCUGAAGGAAUUAAUCGAGGGUGCGUCCGUCGCAAAGUCUAUUAACGAUCACUUAUGGCAUGGCAAAGCGCUGGAACUCAUCGUAGUCUGUCUGCUGUUGCUCGGCUGGAUUGGCGUUGAAUUUCAAGUCCCUACAGUCUGCCUUCCCGCAAAUGAUAAGGCUAUUAGUAGCAUAUCCAAAGGACCGGAGCUUGAAGAAGGGGAUCCGAAUCAACCAAAACACCUACGAAACCUCCAGAACCUACUGCCGGAAUUGCUAGAACGAAUAGUGGGGUUGUACUCGAGGAUAUCUGGCGAGCAACUUCCUCCACUGCCCCUUUCAGAAUCUAUUAUCAGAUUAUGUAGUCUACUCACAUCUAUCCAUCUAUGUGAAGGGAAGCUCGGCAAGGAAUCCCUGGGACGAAUAGUCCAAGGCAAAUUGCCUACAAAAACUCUCACCACCUCACCUCGUCUGAUAAUUUCACCAUCCCGUUCUCAAGUCACAACUUUGUUAUUUAAAGCUUUUCCAUCAUCCGCUCCUGAAUUACUCACGACUGUUGAUCGUGCGAUUAUUCUGAGCGGGAUUGCCUCUAUCCUUGGUUCGCUUGGGUUUCACAGGAAAAAAGCCAUGGUAGUACGAGAGCUAGUAUCGGUAUUAAUCGGGGGGUUGGUAGAAGCAAGGACGCGAGGCGCUGCUGAAGUCGGAAUUCAUCCGGCGGCAGGCUUAGUGGCUUUGAAUGCCGUUAAUGGCCACGGUAAUGGUGCAGGAGCCCUUGAGCUCGGUGAGGGUGACAUAGAACAUGGGAUUGAUGCAUUUCUUGGGCUGAUAUGCAAGGUCUACGGGAUCGUCAGCUUCAAUGAUGCCCCUCGUGAAUCUUCCGACGAAUCACGACGAGUGAGUGACACAAAUGAAGACGUCAUCAAAAGAAUUCAGAAACAAUCCCUAGCUAGACAUUUCGGGAUCAGCAAUGUCAAGCUCAAUAUUCUACGAGCCUGCAUCAACUUCUCCGAGGCUUUACCGGACUUCAAUGGAGUGUUGAAAUUUUCAAGUGACUUAUUGCGCACUGCCGGAAGUGGUGUCGCACCAGGCCCACGUCGGGAAGAUGCAGCUCCGAUAAUUACGAGGGAUGAACAAAUCAGGAUGGUAAACAAUAUUGCGAAGACCUCGAGUUUGUCGCACAGAUUGGGUUUGGGACAUUUAGCUGCUGAAUAUUGGGACGAAUUUCUCGUUCGGGGGAUUACGCUGGAUCCUUUACCACCAACGAGACAACCUACAGCACAUUCCAAAACCGUUUUGCCAGGUGUAACAACCGCGCGCACAUCGCAAGAUGUGAAUCCUUUCAUCUACAAUCCAUUUAUAAGAGCAUCAGACAAGCCGGCAGUGGAGAGGACACUUGUUUCAGGAGAAGAAGCCGUCUUCAGGAUUACGCUCCAAAAUCCUUAUGAGAUCGAUGUGGACAUUGAAAACAUCAAAUUAGACGCGGACGGGGCCGAGUUCGAAUCUUCAAUAACGAGCACCAUAAUAGGACCGUAUCGUACGCAAAUUCUGAAGCUCACCGCGACGCCCAAAGCUGCGGGUUCCUUGAAGAUUACUGGAGCGAUAGUGAAGGUUCGCGGGUGUCGUGAGAGGAGAUUUCCCAUAUUUCCUCAUCCAUGGGCCCCGGACACAGAAACGAAAAUAAAGGGAAUUGGAUUAGGGGCAUUGGAACAAAAUAAAAAAUUACCAUUCCCUGGGCCGCCCUUGAUACCAGACAGCAUUGGAUUGAGCGUUAUCUCCGCCCAGCCCGUUGUCGUUAUCAAAUCCACCUCCCUAUUCCAGUCCUCUGUAAUGAUUCUAGAGGGAGAACGACAAGUGUUCUCCGUCACCCUUCAAAAUCUAUCACCGUCCACACCAGCUGAUCUCUUGCUCUUCUCAUUCCAAGAUUCAACGCAAGGCCCUUUACAAACUGCCUUAACAAGCAGAGAUGCGACGCCGGCGGAGCUCUAUGAAUACGAGCUUAUUCUUGCGAGGAAACAGGCGUUACGACUUCGAAAGAUCGACGACUCCAAGAGAUAUAUAGCACCGGGAAGCACGGCUACUUUCGAUUUUGAGAUUCUCGGGAAACCUGGCCUCACGAAUGGGACAAUCCAAGUUGACUACGCGCACCUUGGCGUUCCUCAAACCGAAAUAAAGGACCAAUUCCAUACUCGUCAAGUUUGUCUUGAUUUAACAAUCACCGUUAAUGCUAGUGUGGAACUUGCAAGAAUGGAUGUUCUCCCUAUCAAAGGCGAGGUACCUAGACCUAUCUGGACACGUCUGGGUGCCGAGCCAGUGGAAACGGAAGAAUCAUUCUUAUCUGAUGAAGAACACUGUCUCUUGUUGCUAGACCUCCGGAAUGCCUGGCCAAGCGAUAUGCAAGUUUCUCUCAAGGCAGAUGAUGGCAUCAUGAUCCAGGAGCACAUACUACCAGGCAAUACAAACCGCGUUAUCCUCCCAGUUCCAAGAGUGUACAUAGACGACCCCCACGCCUCAAUCCCAGCUCUAAACCCGUCCCGACAACGCCAAUUCGUUGUAAGCAGCAGCAAAAUCACCCCAGAUAUCGAACGAGGCAACCGGGAAGCAUUCUGGUACCGCGAGAAGAUCCUUGGAAAACUUUCAGGAACCUGGAAGACCCUCUCGGGCCCCGCUAGAGAAGGAACCAUUGAGCUCCGUGGUCUACGUCUCGCGCCUCGCAUGAUUGAAGCGAUUAAGAUUGACGAAGUCGGCAUCGAUAUCUCCAUUGAGAGCCCGGAUGCAGAAAAUACGGCGAACACAGUGUUCACAGACGAGUUCGCGCAGAUCAAAGUCGUUGUUACGAAUCGCAUGGACGAGCCUAUAUACCCAACACUCCGCCUCAUGCCCUCGCUAUGCCACCGCCCGCUUAACGUAGCACUCGAUUUUACGCGGAAGUUCGCGUGGAAUGGUACAUUGCAGCAGACGUUGCCCCUCAUUGACGCGAAAUCGAGUACUGAGGUUAGGCUUGGUGCGACGGCGCUAUGUAGAGGUGAUUUCGAAAUCUCGGCGAGUGUGGAGGAGACUAGGCUUUGGACUCGCGCGAAGGAUAAAGAUGGGAAGGAUGUUGAACAGACACCGCCGAGGAGGGAGAGGUCCGAGACGGAGAUUAUGAUGGAUGCUGUGCUUGGUGCGAAGGAGAGACGCGUGUGGCAUUCGAGGAGGCCGUAUUUGGUUUGUGUGAGGGAUAGAGGGUAGAAGGGUGUAGAUGAUGUUAAUGUGGCAUUAUGAACUGGCUGAUUAGCUAGGUGGGGGGGAUGAAGGGUGUCGAUGUAUAAACACCAAAAUCAGAAUUUCAAAAUGAGAGAUAUUAGCUGACCGUGAGAUCUUUCAAAAAUUACAUAGUCAU